UUAAAGACACAUGAUUUUUUUUAUCACUUACUAGGUUACAAAAAUAUUCAGAAAAUACUCUUUGUGGGAAGGAAAUAUUUCAUUCAUUUUUCUAUUAUAAAACAUUAUGGGUUUAUGUUUAUCUGCUGAAGAAAAAGAAUCGCGGUUACGGAGUUAUCAAAUUGAUAAACAGAUUGAAGAGGAUAGCCGGAGAUUCAAGAAAGAAUGUAAAAUUCUCCUGCUAGGGUCAGGAGAAUCGGGGAAGUCAACGAUAGUUAAACAGAUGAAAAUAAUACAUCAAAACGGUUAUACAAAAGAAGAAUUGGCACUUUACCGGAUAACAGUUUAUAAAAACCUUAUUGACUCAGCACAAGCCAUUAUUUUUGCAAUGAAGAAAUUUCGAAAAGAGCCUCGAAGGCCCGAAAACAGAGCUUUUGCUGAUAAAAUUUUGGAUUAUUAUGUUGAAUCCGACCCAGCGUUUCAACUAAGUCAAGAAAUAGUUGAAGCAAUUGAUUCUGUAUGGCAUGAUCCAAUAAUAACAGAAAUUUUGGAUCAACAAAGCCAUUUUUAUUUGAUGGAUUCAGCACCUUACUUUUUUGCUGAAGUAAGGCGGAUUGGAGCUCAUGGUUAUAUUCCAGUUGAAGCGGAUGUUUUGCGCGCAAGAACCAAAACUACAGGAAUAUCAGAAACAAGAUUUAAUAUGGGUCAACUGAGCAUACAUAUGUUUGAUGUAGGAGGCCAAAGAUCAGAGCGAAAAAAAUGGAUUCAUUGUUUUGAAGCCGUCACAUCAAUUAUCUUUUGUGUGGCAUUAAGCGAAUAUGACCAAGUUUUGUUAGAAGAAUCAGGCCAGAAUCGUAUGGCAGAAAGUCUCAUAUUAUUUGAAUCAGUUAUUAAUAGUAGAUGGUUUUUGAGAACUUCAAUUAUUUUAUUUCUUAACAAAAUUGACUUGUUCAGAGCAAAACUACCGAGGGUACCUCUUGAACAAUAUUUUCCCGAAUAUUCCGGGGGUGCUGAUGUAAAUAAAGCCGCAAAGUAUAUAUUAUGGCGAUUCACACAAACCAAUCGAGCUCGACUCAAUAUAUAUCCACAUCUCACACAGGCUACUGAUACAUCGAAUGUAAGACUUGUUUUUGCGGCCGUAAAAGAGACAAUUUUGCAGAAUGCAUUGCGAGAUAGUGGUAUCCUAUGAUGGAUGGAAAUAAAUAAUUGUAUUUUUUUUUUGCACUUGCAUUUGCAUUUUCCUUUUUUUAUUUUGUAAUAUGAUAUAUUUGUAUAUUGCACAUUUAAUUUGCGGGAUGGUGGUGGCAUUAAUAAAGCCGUUGGCUAUUUUAAUGAUCAUGGCAUUUUAUUUUAUGAAAGUAAAUGCAAAUGAUCUGAAAUAUCUGAGACAAUAUAAACAUAAAUAUGUUAGAUAUUUGUUAAUAAUUCUAUUUAUUAGUAACAAAUAGGAUUUAUAACAGAUAUCCAUAAUUGAUUCUAAAUUAAAUUAGCAAUGUUUAUUUUUAAUUAUAUAAAUAUUUCAGUAGUGAUUGUUUAUAAUUCUCGAACUGAAAUUCUUUGUAAUUAUAUUUACCUUAAUAAUUAUUAUAAAAUUUCUGUAAUACAUUUUUCAAAUAAAAUUUUUCGCUUUAUUUAAUUAUAAUAAUAAAUU